ACCAUCAUAUAAGAGAGAUGAUCAAAUAAGGAAGCGCAUGACUCACGAAUCAUAGAGUGUCAGAUAAAUUAUUGAAAAUAAAAUUCGCUAGAGAAGUGAAGGAAAUUAAUUUUUACUUCGUACGUUUCGAAAUCAUUAUCGGCUAUCCAACAAAAAAGUAUUUUGUUCUUACGUGGGGUGAACGUUACUUGAAAAAGAAGAUGUCAAUGUCAAUUGGUAAUAGUGCGUUUUUUCUAAUUACCAUGACGAUGGCGAUUCUUUUGUGCACAAUAUCCGGCUCAUUUAGUCACGCGCUUGGCAAAAGGAACAUCGGGGCUGCUGAAAAUAAUGCCGUAGAUUAUCCAGACUACAAGUUGAAGAAACCAAUGACUAAAAGAGCAGCGCUUCUACUUGAUAGAUUACUAGUAGCUCUGCAGAAAGUUGUAGAUAACGAUGAGUUGGGAAAAGGAGGCGUAUCUGGAUCGUAUGUAAAUUCAUUGCAAGACUAUCCUGAUAUAUCUGAUUCGCCAAGAAUGCAAUUAGGUGAUGAAAAAACGAUGGAUCUCCAACGUCGAGGACAAGCUAAAGGUCGCGUUUAUUGGCGCUGUUACUUCAAUGCAGUGACGUGUUUCAAAAGAAAGUAAUCACCCGUCAGGAACCACUUCAAAAACAACCAUUUCUUUGGCAAUUAUAAAUUUCUUUCCUAAAUUCCAACAAAAUCAAAAACUUGCUGUUACAUAAUACUUCAUAUGCGGAAAGUUCAUUGACUACUGUUAUCUACGUUAACUUAAAGGCAUUAUUCAUUAUAAUUAAUAGACGUUGAAUGUUAAAUUAUAAAUUUGAAAAAUGAUUACACAUUUUGGUUUAAAAUUUCCAAUUAUAAUACUUGUUCUGAUUAGUAGAGAUAACGCCGAUUCCAAAUAUAUAAUUAUUUUGUAUAAAGUGAAUGAAUUAUAUUUAAAGAUCUAGAAGUAUUAAAACUGUAUAUUAUUAAAUACAUUAUUUUGUUAAAUUGAGUUUUUGAUUAUUUGAUUCUAUUACUUUAAAAAAAUGCGUCAUUUCGAAAUAUCUAUGUAUCAUAAUACGCCUCAUUUUAUAAUUUCUAAGUGAUAAUACAUUGAAAUUAAAAAAAUUAAGGUUGACAUAGUAAGUGUAGUUUAAUUACAGUGGAUUAUUGUGGGCAUUAUUGUCUGAAAUUUUUAUUGAAAAAUUAAGAAAAUAAAUCUAUUUUAUGAGCCAGAGUAUAAAAAUGGAAAAUAUAUCUUUACAAAUUUCAUUAAUUUCCAAUAAAACAUUUGCUUAAAAAGUUAUACUGCAUGAACUUAAAAAAUUUUGUGAUAGUUUAUGAAUCUUAUUAUGCAUUGUU